CCUUUGUUUCACACCCCUUCUCUCUGUCUCCUCCACACCUCAGUCAUGCCAUCCACAAGCAAUACUGACGAUGAUGAGUUUGGGAUCAGCUCCUCAGAUGAAGCUGAUCUCAUUGCACUCCUGGAUGCGCCAACCCACGGCACGAAACGGAAAGCCUCCUUCGACGAGCCCCUACCCUCAAAGCGACGCCCUCCUUCAUUCUCAUGUGCGGUCACAGCCUUGACUAACAUGUUUGGCUUUAAAUCAUUUCAAUUGAAGCAGGAGCAGGUCAUAUCGAGAAUACUAUCCGGUCAGAGUGCAGCGGUCAUUUUCCCCACAGGCGGUGGGAAGAGUCUCUGCUACCAAAUCCCUGCACUGGUCUUCUCUGAGCUCGACAUACUCGAAGGAAUACGCGGGGAAAAAGAUAGUGGAAUCACGUUGGUCGUGUCUCCAUUGAUUGCACUGAUGAAGGACCAAGUCGACGGGCUUCUUCGACGCGGGAUCAAAGCUGCCUCGCUGGAUUCCUCUCGAAACAGAGAAGAGUACCUCAAAAUCUGUGACCAGCUACGAAAUGGAGAACUGCAGUUACUCUACUGCGCACCAGAAAGGCUGAACAAUGAGGGUUUUGUAGGACAAAUGAGAAAUGUUCGAGGGGGUAUCCGUCUGCUUGCGGUUGAUGAAGCGCAUUGCAUAUCAGAAUGGGGGCAUGCUUUCCGCCCAGAUUAUCUCAAGAUUGCAAGAUUUGUCACUGAGAUCAAAGCGGAGCGUGUGGUCUGCCUCACAGCUACCGCUACCCCACGGGUUGCGGAAGACAUCUGCAAAGCUUUCAAUAUCGAUAAAGCCGGUCUUUUUCGAACCUCCACAUACCGUCCAAACCUUCAACUGCUGGCUGAAUCAUCAAUUAAGAAGCAGGAAUUAUACCCACGCCUCUUUCAUUUCCUCAAUGAGAAUCCAGGGCCAACAAUUAUCUAUGUCACAAUCCAAAAGCAGACGGAAGCUCUGGCGGACGACUUGCGGCAACAGGGAUUCAACGCAAAAGCGUUUCACGCCGGUAUGGAUGCAGCUGUCAAAGCCAACAUACAAAACGAGUUUAUGCGUCGUGAUGACUUGAUAAUAGUUGCUACGAUCGCAUUCGGGAUGGGUAUUGACAAACCAAACAUCCGGAAUGUUGUGCAUUUCAAUAUUCCAAACAGUCUUGAAUCAUACAGCCAAGAAAUUGGUAGAGCUGGUCGGGAUGGGAAGAUUAGUACAUGUGUUUUUUAUGUGUGUGGAGAGGAUCUUCACCUGCGUGAAAUGUUUGCACGAGCAGAUCUUCCGUCUCGUAAGUCUCUUUGUGAACUCAUGAAGGAUAUAUUUGAUAAGAAUAAUGUCAAUAUCCCUGUUGGCGGAGAAUUCAAAACCAGUCACUACGAUCAAGAAAGGGAGUAUGAUAUACGACCAGUGGUUUUAAAGAAUAUCUACGCACAACUCGAAAUUGCUCAUGGCCUUAUCCGAGCGACUACACCGAUCUAUACCAGAUAUUCCUUUAAACCUGGACCUAAUUAUCAUGCGACUCUUGCAUCAGAUCCCUCUCCAGCGGCCAAGGCAAUCAAGGACUAUAGUCAAGCAGCGAGGAUAUGGACUACAAUUGACAUAGAGAGUGCUUCAGCGAGUCUUCGCGUCCCUCGAUCUGACAUCGUUCGCAAACUUAACGAUUGGAAUGAAAGCCAGGUCCUAGAACUCAAGAACGCAGGCGUACUGAAUGUGUAUAAAGUCAUCAAACCACUUCCACGCACAUCAGCCGAGAUUGAAGCAUUGGUUGACCAUAUCUACACUACAAUGCAGAAGCGAGAGCAGGAAGCCCUCGAUCGAACCGAGGAAAUGCUCCGUCUUAUUACGAGCAAAGCCUGUUUCUCGAGGUCCUUAGCGCAACACUUCGGUGACGAUUUGCCGGAUGGCAAAAGGGAAUGUGGUCAUUGUACUUGGUGUUUAACUCACGUUGCUGUUGUGCAAAAGGUUCCGCCUCCUGUGCAAUUCAAUCAUUCUGCCUUCAGAGCCAUCUUGAAGACUAUCCCUCACAGAGACGACCCCAGAUUUCUAGCUCGCGUUGCGUUCGGAAUAACCAGUCCUCGAGUGACCAAGCUGAAGCUCUCCCGGAAUCCGAUAUUUGGGUCUAUGGCGGAUCACAAAUUCCUAGACCUUCUCAACGCCUUUACACGUGAGUGCCAGAAAUAGUAGGAUGAUUGGAAAAUUUAUUCCCCAGGACAAUUUUUUACCCAUUAUCGGAGUAGUGACUGUGUCACUGCUUCUCCUGACCCUCCGCAUCUAGUAUGUUCGUGGUCGCAGCCUGUGUUAUUGUGAGCUCUCCGAGGCUUUCUUGUCCCUCCGUUGAGCCAUGAACUGAGAAAAGUUGAUUGCUUUUCUGAUUCCUGGUCUUGGUUUACCAAAAUCUUUGGUCAUGGAGUUACGGUAUAGUAAAUAUGGCGGUACCAUGAUACCCUAGGUAUGUAGAAGGACGGCGUUUGGGCAUGUCAAAUAUACAUAUAGUUCCUGCGACUUGGGGUGGGAUUUCACGGGGGAUUUUACAAGUUGAGGAGCAAAAACCCAUUCUACGAAUUCAUGUCCAAUGGGAAUUUGUG